AUGGCACGCCCAACUGCGGCAAGGUCCCCGGAGUGUGUCCCCACCCGGGAUGAUUGGAAGAACAUGAGCGACCUGAUCGAGAAGAAGAGAGCUCAGAAUCGCGUGGCCCAGAGAAAUUACCGCCGGAAUGUGAAACGGAGAAUCGAAGAGUUGGAACAGCAGGUUGCAGCCCAGGCGAAGCUGCUGGCCUUGGAGGGUGAAGUAACAGAGCUUAGCCAUGGCCGCGCCAGUGCUCACACGCCUCUACCGCAAGGGCCCGAGGACCCGAGCGCGCCUCUUCCCACCCCGAGCAGCAACGAUUUCCGUCUCCUGGAAGACUCCAUCAACACCGAUGCUCUCUAUCUGGGUCACGAGCAGGAAGGCGACGCGCACGGAGCCUUCUCGUUCUCGGGAGACCACGCCCAACGCCAAGGCAGCGCCUCGACCUGCCACGACCUCGACCUCGACCUCGACCUCGACCUGGACCUCGGCCUCGGCUCGCCGUCACCGUCACCGUCGCCGCCGGAAUCCGGCGUGGAGGGGCGGAUCGAGCACCUGGUCGGGUGCGCCCACCGGGCCGGGUUCGCGGACCUCGACUCGGCCGUGGCCGCCUUCUACACGGCGCGGUUCGACGAGGGGUCGGGGUGCUCGGUGGCGCAGCGCCUCGGGCGGAAGCGGUGCCUUCCGAAGCUGCUGCAGGAGCUGCGCGCCGCCGCGGGAUCGUGGCGGCCGUGGGAGGCGCACGCCUACCGGGACGAGGUCGUCAGGUCGGCCGAGGCGCUGCUGCUCGCCGAGAUGCGCUCCGACGACGCUUCCGCGGCGGGCGGGCUCCUGGAAUCGUCCACGUCGGGCGGUCGGGACGGCGGCUGGAGGUGGCUGUCUCAUCGGCUGCAGGACAAGGUAGGCCUAAGGCGAACGUGGUGGGACUCCGGGCACGCGGCUGAAUCCGGAGCAGGUGCCCGAACUAUGGUCGCUCUUGAUGACCCUAUCUCUGGGGGGGUGCGGGCAGUCGCAGGUGCAGCAUCGGCCACGCUUGGUCGCUGCCGCCAUCUCGUUGCUCUUGGUGACGAACGAUCAGCCGCUGGACGAAAUAAGCCGGCGCAUCGGUCAGAUACUGACGGGAAGCACUCCGGACCGCUUCUAGAGCCGAACUCAAUCAUCCCGCUCAACAUGACGGAAUUUCCAUUCUACGUCAAGGAGCAUGUCAUUCCUUGUCAGCACGUCCGAGGCUAUCCUCGCGCCACCGCGCACGAACAGGAGGAGGUACUCCACCUCGCCAUUAAGCAGUACAUCCCACAUGACAACCCGAGCCCACAAGUCGGCGACGUGACCAUAAUCGGCGCACAUGCGCAAGGGUUCCCCAAGGAACUAUACGAGCCACUCUGGGCGGAGAUCCACGAUCGGGUAAAAUCCGCAGGCGUCUCGAUCCGCGGCAUCUGGAUCGCGGAUGUCGCCAACCAAGGCGCCAGCGGCGUCAUGAACGAGUUCAAGCUUGGAAACGAGCCCUGCGCCUUCGACCACGCCCGCGACCUGCUGCACAUGGUCAACGCCUUCCGCGACCAGAUGGUGCGGCCGCUCGUCGGCAUCGGGCACAGCAUGGGCGGCACCAUGCUGGUCAGCCUGGCGCUGCUGCACCCGCGGCUGCUCGAGAGCCUCGUCCUCAUCGACCCCAUCAUCCACCGCCGCAUCUUCGCCGACGGCUACCACCGGCCCGCCCUCGCCUCGGCCCGCCGCCGCGACGUGUGGCCCUCCCGCGCCGCCGCCGCCGAGGACUUCGCCAGGAACAGGCUCCAUCGCCGCUGGGACCCCCGCGUCUUCGACCGCUGGAUCGAGCACGGCCUGCGGCCCCUCCCCACCGCCGUGCACCCGGACGCCCCCGCCUCCGCGGUCACCCUCGCGACGACGAAGCACCAGGAAGUCUUCACCUUCCUCCGCCCGACCUUUGACGCCUUCGCUUUCGACGACGACGACGACGACAAUCAGAAGUCCGCCGACGCCGACACCGCGCCGCCGUUCGAGCGGCCCGAGCCCGUCGUCACCUUCCACAUGCUGCCGCACGUGCGGCCGUCGGUGCUGUACGUGUUCGGCGGGGCGUCGCACUACACGGCGUGCGAGCCGACGGCGGACAAGGUGGGGCGCACGGGGACGGCGGUCGGGGACGGGCGGCGGCGGCGGCGGCGGCGCGUCGCGGCGGUGACGCUCGACGGCGCGGGCCACCUGAUGCCGAUGGAGGAGGUGGGCCGCACGGCGGCGGCGUGCGCGGCGUGGCUGGCGCGCGAGACGGCGCGGUGGCGCGCGGACGAGACGGCCGAGCGCAGCGCGUGGGCGUACGUCCCCGACGAGCAGAAGCGCGUCCUCGCCCCGCGCUUCGUCGAGAUGCUGCAGGCUGCCGCGGCCGGUGGUCCCGCUGCUGGCGCUGCCGGGCGGCGGGGAGGCCGUGCCGCGGCCGACGCGAAGCUGUAG